GUGGGAGCUGCCCUUUCUUCGUUUUCUUUUAUAUCCGUUCAUACGGACACCUGUCUGCCCCAUCCAAGCUAUAAAUAGGAGCACAUCUCCGCUUAUGGCCACUGCAAGCUCCCAACGCAUCUCCUUGCUCUUCUUCUUCCUCUGUGGAUCUCUAGAUCUGGGAAGCGCAAAGGCCAUGGCUAAGCUUGUUGUCCUUGUGGCCAUUGCUCUACUGGCCAUUUCCAUAGCUGACUCCGGUUCAAAGGUGCUAGCCAAAGCAACUGAGCAAUCUGAAGAGGAGUACAUGCCGGCUUCAAAUGGACAAGGAACCCUUCGAACUUAUCAGUGCCCAUCUCAAUGCACGAGGAGGUGCUCCAGGACGCAGUAUCACAAGCCAUGCAUGUUCUUCUGCCAGAAGUGCUGCAUGAAGUGCCUCUGCGUGCCAUCAGGUUUCUAUGGCAACAAAGGAGAAUGUCCCUGCUACAACAACUGGAAGACCAAGAGAGGAGGACCCAAAUGCCCAUGAACUGAAUCAACUACCGCUUCUCCAACCUAUUUAUAUUGUUAGAGCAUUCCAUUCCAACUAAUGAAUGUUCUCUGGUUUUACUAUGAGCUGCCCACCAACCUCAAUAUCGUUGCCGAGUUUAUAAGAGGCAACACAGAAUAUGUAUGAAGCAGCAGUAUUUAUGAUUUUUCAUUUGCACUCGUUAUUAACCGAUAA